ACAAAAUAAUCUCUCUCUGGUUUUCCAUUUCCACGCACUAUAUAUUCUUGCAAACAACAAACUAACCCAAUAAUAUACACAGCAUGUAUGAGAUGAUGUGACUAAAGCUUCAUGCGCACACACCUCUCCAUCUCCCACACGCAUCAAUUUCAUCCCAUGUUUUCUCCUUGCUUUCUUCAUCUCCCAAAAACAACACUUGUUAGCAGGCGGCUAUGAUGGCGGAGGAAAUGAGCCGCGAGGGCGACGCCGGAGCGGCGUUCGUGCUGCAAUCGAAAGGGAAGUGGUGGCACGCGGGGUUUCAUCUCACCACGGCGAUCGUGGGGCCCACCAUACUGACGCUGCCCUACGCCUUCCGGGGGCUGGGGUGGGCCCUCGGCUUCCUUUGCCUCACCUCCAUGGGGGCUGUCACCUUCUACUCCUACUACCUCAUGUCCCUCGUGCUCGACCACUGCGAGAAGGCCGGCCGCCGCCACAUUCGCUUCCGGGAACUCGCUGCCGACGUCUUAGGUUCAGGAUGGAUGUUCUAUUUUGUGGUAUUCAUUCAGACAGCAGUUAACACCGGCAUCAGUAUCGGAGCUAUUCUGCUUGCAGGGGAAUGCCUCCAGAUCAUGUACUCGAACCUCUCUCCCCAUGGAUCUCUCAAACUAUACCACUUCAUAGCAAUGGUGACACUAGUUAUGAUACUUCUCUCCCAAUUCCCCAGCUUCCAUUCCCUCAGGCACAUUAACCUCGUCUCGCUGCUUCUCAGCAUAGGCUACACUUUUCUUGUUGUUGGAGCUUGCAUCAAUGCAGCUGCCUCCAAGAGGGCACCACAGAGGGACUACUCUUUAGAGUCUUCAGAGUCGUCAAGAAUCUUCAGCGCCUUCACUUCCAUAUCGAUAAUGGCUGCCAUCUAUGGGAAUGGCAUACUACCAGAAAUACAGGCGACAUUGGCUCCACCAGCAACCGGAAAGAUGCUGAAAGGCCUAAUCAUGUGUUACAUAGUAAUCUUCCUAACUUUCUACUCUGCUGCAGUCUCUGGAUACUGGGUAUUUGGCAACAAAUCUAACUCCAACAUCCUCAAAAGCCUCAUGCCGGACGAGGGGCCUUCUCUGGCACCGGUUUGGGUUCUAGGCCUCGCCAUUGUGUUCGUGCUCCUUCAACUCUUUGCCAUCGGCUUGGUGUAUUCCCAAGUGGCAUACGAGAUCAUGGAGAAGAAAUCGGCUGAUGUGAGCAAGGGAAUGUUCUCUAAGAGAAACUUGAUACCGAGGAUAAUUCUGAGGUCACUAUAUGUGAUGGUGUGUGGAUUCUUUGCGGCUAUGCUGCCUUUCUUCGGAGACAUAAAUGGGGUGGUUGGAGCCGUUGGAUUCAUCCCUCUGGAUUUCGUGCUCCCGAUGCUCCUAUACAACAGGAGUUACAAGCCAACGAGAUCAUCGGCCGCGUAUUGGAUCAACAACUCUAUCAUGGUUGUGUUCACAUGUGUGGGGAUUAUGGGUGCCUUCUCUUCUGUGAGGAAGCUGGUUGGAGAUGCUGCAGAGUUCAAGCUUUUUAGCAGUGAUGUGGUUGAUUGACUUCAUGAAGAAGAAGAAGAAGAAGUAACUUAGUAGUAUCUUUUUUGACUUCCACAUAAAAUGAUAUAUUGACAAAAUAACUUGAGGCAUAUAUAUACUCUACCGGUUCCAUAAAAGUGUGGAAUUUUUUUGUUUUUUGGA